AUGUUCUCUAGUUGCCGGGGUAUAAGUGCUCGAUUUUGCCGCUUGUUCACUUCCCGCCAGACUAGGAACUUCUCGUCGGAGACCAAGUUCUUCAAGGUGAGAGAGAAUUGGGUCCCGACACGAAAUGAGUGUAAUCGGGCGAAGAAGGCCUCGUCGGGAGAAGAAGAAGAAGACAGGCUUCUGCGCAAGAGGCCAGUUUUUUACUCGCGCAGUGUAAUUUCUUGACCACGCGGAAGUGGAUUGCAUUUUAUCUGAUUCGCCACACAAUUCUGCCUUCUUCCUGUGAUUUACUCAACAACUUGUACUUCUGAAUUCAGAAUUCCGGAUUAAUUUUUUCAAACAACUUAACAGCUAUUGCCUUUCUGUUCCCACUACCAAAUGUGCCCUAUUUACUUUUACGUUCAAUUCGGUUGAAGUUUGUACAGUUUUGAUGUUGAUAUUUGGCCGAACCAAGCGGAAGUUUCGGGGCGACGCACAAGCAUGAUGGAAUCUGAUGCGCAGUUCGCGCGAUGACGCUGUAUUGCGAAAUUGAGUUGGAAACUUUGUUUUUGCUCUUCGCCGCUUUUCCUUAAAAAGCCCAGCUGUUUUUAUAGUGAACACUAGUAGAAAAUUUGCUGGAGUGAACUUUUUCGUAUAUAAUAACAGCUGCCACGUUUCACUUUUUACUUCGCGGCCGCCGAAAAAAUUUUAGUUGGGUUUCUAGGCCAGCAUAAAAUAUUGCAUAUUUUCGAGUGCUUCAGAUGGUGGUUUCUUCUUGAUUCUCAUCCAAUUUUAUUUUAACGUAGAGAAUCUCUCAUGUUCUUUAUAUUAUGCCGCUAAAAACAUUAGUUUGCCGCUUGAAAUUGCCAAAAUAGGCCAUCCCUCGUUGCCCAUUCAAUCAACCCCGUCCGUCAAUAAUUUUCUCCAAAUUCUCAGAUCUUUCUUGCAGGUAGAAGUCGCUUCGAGUCAAAGACAGGCUCAAACAGCACCGAGAAAGGUCGCACCGCGAUUCGAGAAACAAACUCGGCAGAAAAUAUCCGAUUAUCUCAAGCAAAUGGCUACUCCCGAAAUUGAAGCGGUGAGAGAGUAUUCUAAAUCAGUUAAGUUUUCAAUUUAACCAUUUGCAGCAACUUUCACCGCUCCGCGCGGCUGUCAAAGAAAUUGGUGACCGAGUACGCGAUCUGAAAGCGAGCGGAGCUCCAAAGAUCGACGUCGACCGCGCCGUUGUCGAGUUGAAGGCCAGAAAGAAGGAACUGGAGGAGAAGGAAAUUGCUUUGGCUCCUAAGGAUGCGUCGUUCGAUCGUUUGAAGUUGGAGGAUCUCCUGAAAAGACGUUUCUUCUACGAUCAGUCAUUCGCCAUUUAUGGAGGUGUCACUGGUCUGUACGACUUCGGCCCGAUGGGUUGCGCACUGAAGGCCAACAUGCUGCAGGAGUGGAGGAAACACUUUAUUCUGGAGGAGGGAAUGCUCGAAGUCGACUGCACUUCGCUGACUCCAGAGCCAGUCCUGAAGGCGUCCGGACACGUGGACCGUUUCGCCGAUUGGAUGGUGAAGGACACGAAGAACGGCGAAUGCUUUCGUGCUGAUCAUCUCAUCAAGAACAGCAUCGAGAAGCUGUUGAAUGACAAGAAAACGUCCGCGGAGACUAAGAAACAGUGCGAGGACGUUCUCGCCAGACUGGAAGGAUUCGACGACAAGGACAUGCACGAGGUGAUCACACGGUUCAAGUUCAAGUCGCCAAUCACCGGAAACGAUCUCUCUGAGCCCAUCGCCUUCAACCUCAUGUUCCCCACUCAAAUCGGCCCAACUGGUGACUUCAAGGCCUUCCUUCGCCCGGAAACUGCCCAGGGAAUUUUUGUCAACUUCAAGAGACUUCUCGAGUUCAACCAGGGAAAACUUCCUUUCGCUGCCGCUCAGAUCGGUCUCGGUUUCCGUAACGAGAUCUCUCCAAGACAGGGACUCAUCCGUGUUCGCGAGUUCACAAUGUGUGAGAUCGAACAUUUCGUCGAUCCAGAGGACAAGAGCUUCCCCAAGUUCGCCAAACUCGCCGACCAGAAGAUGGUUCUCUUCUCCGCGUGUAACCAAAUGGACGGUGUCGCCGCCCAGGAAGUGCCUAUCGGAGAGGCCGUCGCCAAGGUCGGUGAACCUAUUUUAUAGGAAAACAUUCAAACUCUUGUUUUCAGAAGAUUGUCGCCAAUGAGACCCUCGGUUAUUACAUGGCCCGUUGCCACCAAUUCCUCAUGAAAGUCGGUAUCGACCCCCGCCGUCUCCGUUUCAGACAGCACUUGUCGAAUGAAAUGGCUCACUACGCCCAAGACUGUUGGGACGCCGAGAUUCUCACUUCGUACGGAUGGAUCGAAUGCGUCGGUAACGCCGACAGAGCGUGCUACGAUCUGCUGCAGCACUACAAGGCGACGAACGUGAAGCUGGUGGCAGAGAAGAAGCUUCCGCAGCCAAUCGAUGUGUCCGUCGUAGAGGCACAGGCUAACAUGGCCCUCCUUGGAAAGAGUUUCAAAAAGGAGGCCAAGAAGAUCCAGCAAGAGCUUCAGCAACUCAGCAGUGAGCAGGUCACCGAAUUGGAGAAGGAGCUGCUCGCCAAGAAGCUCUUCAAUCUGUCUAUCGAUGGAGAGAACUUCUCUUUGACUCCAGAGCACGUCAACAUCAAGAAGUACCAGAAGAAGCUGCACGUUCAGGAGAUCACUCCAUCGGUCAUCGAACCAUCCUACGGUAUUGGUAGAAUCAUGUACGCCCUUCUGGAGCACUCGUUCAGACAGAGAGAGGGAGAUGAGCAGAGAACGGUAAAGAGUCUAGCAUGGUUUUGUAAAAAAUGGUUUGGUUUUCAGUUCCUCGCAUUCAAGCCACUUGUGGCUCCAAUCAAGUGCUCUGUCCUGCCGAUUUCUGCCAACGAGAAGCUCGUUCCAGUGAUGGAGGCUGUGAAACACGAGCUUUCCGGCUACGAACUCAGCUACAAAGUUGUAAGUAUCUUUUUGUCCUAUUUCCACCGUAAACGCUUCUUCCUUUCAGGACGACAGCUCCGGUACCAUCGGUCGUCGUUACGCCCGUACUGACGAGAUCGGCAUUCCGUUCGGUAUCACUGUCGAUUUUGAUUCGGAGAAGACGCAGCCGUACACUGUGACCGUCAGAGAUGCGAACACGAUGACCCAGAUCCGACUGGAAGUGCCCCAGCUCGGCCGUCUCAUCUCCGAUUUGGUGGCUGGCCGUCUGCAAUGGAGCGAUGCCCAACAGAAGUACCCAAAGUUCGAGUCGACUGCUGAAUAA